AUGAUGAUGCCGCCCUUCAUGAUGGGCUAUAACAACGAGACAGUUGUUUGCUCCGUCCACGGCAAGAAGCGCAGCAGAGACGCGAUGAUGGACGACGGAGCCGGCGGUUUCGUCUGCCAGCCUGGCAAGGAGUGCAAGGUCACUGGCAACACGAAGCACGUGCCCUGCACCUUCUGGCAGGCCGGGAAGUGUACCAAAGGAGAAAAUUGCAACUUCUCUCAUGAUCCCAAUGCAAUAGCAGCAGCCGCAGCUACUGGAGACAAUGGCUGGGGCAAAGGCAAAGGCAAAGGCAGCAAAGGAUGGGCUCAGGACCCUAGCCAGGGCUGGGACGCCAGUCAAGGCUGGGAUGAAGGGCAAGGCUGGGACGCUGCCCAAGGAUGGGACAGCUGGGGUGGCUACGGUGCCUACGGCAAAAACGGGUGGAUGUCGAAAGGGAUGCAGAUGAUGCAAGCCAAAGGCAUGAUGGGCAAAGGCAAGUCGAAAGGCUACGGUGCCUACGGCAGUGUGAAGGGUGGAGGCACCUUUCUGUGCUGCGUCCACCACAAGAACAGAAGCGCAAGUGCAAUGAUCGAAGUGGCCCCUGGGCAGUACCAGUGCAGGCCAGACUCAGAGUGCAAGGGCGCCGGUGGUGCCAGUAAAAUAAAGACAGCAAUGUGCAAGUUCCACAUGGAAGGCAGGUGCACAAAAGGCGCUGCCUGUAAUUUUGCCCAUGGCCCUGAAGAGAUCGGCAUGCCCGUCCCCGAAGUCCCAGGUGCCGAAGUUGCCGGAGUCAAUGGGCUUGCCGGAGUCAACGGAGUCGCUGCAGUCAACGGAGCCGAUGUGGCCAAUGGGUUCUCUGCAGUGAAUGGCGUUGCUGGAGCACCUGUAGAAGUUUCUGCUGAGAUGCUCGACGCACAUGCCAAGCAAGUUGUGCAAAGUCGUUUCUCGCCGUAUUGA